CUGCGUGCCCGCCUGGAUGGAGGCUCUGAGCGCCCGGAGGCGCAGGAUCCUCCAGCUGGUGGUCCUGGUCCUCUGGCGCUGCUUCAGCGCUCCCGUACAGGGCGAGAAGGUGUGCCACUGCAGCGGGAAGUCUUUGUGUCACUGUGACGGCGUCAAAGGUCAGAAGGGUGAACAAGGUUUCCCUGGGGAAAUUGGACUUCCUGGAAUUGUUGGUUAUCCUGGAAAUGAGGGCAGUCAGGGCAUAUCUGGAGAAAAGGGUGAACCGGGGCCUGCAGGAAGUCCUGGACUGAAAGGCGCCCGGGGUGUGCCAGGAAGACCAGGUUUCCCAGGACGGCCAGGACUGCCGGGACUCCCUGGACAUGAAGGACCAGUUGGCCAACCAGGAAUCCCAGGAUGCAAUGGGACAAAGGGGGAUCCUGGUUUCCCAGGGCAGCCUGGGCUUCCUGGACCUGCUGGCACACGGGGCCGUGAUGGGCCUCGGGGCAUGAAGGGAGAGUCUUAUGUUUACCCUGAGACUCAGACUAUAAAAGGAGCAACAGGACCACCAGGACCAAUGGGUGACAAGGGGCUCGGUGGGGAUCCAGGUGAACCCGGCCUACCAGGACCACAAGGACUCCCUGGAUUUCCUGGAACUCCAGGUUUACUGGGGUUACCAGGAGAAAAGGGCCUGGAAGGUCCCAGUCCAGUGAUCCCAGGCCCACAAGGACAGAGGGGUGACCGUGGACCUCCAGGAAUUCCUGGACCAAAAGGAAUCAAACUGUACGCUGAGGGACCCAAAGAGCUGAAGGGAGAACCAGGUCAAACUGGAGAGAAAGGUUGUCCUGGUCGUCCUGGUAAGCAAGGGAGACUGGGGAUUAAAGGAGAGAAGGGCGAGGAAGGUGACACUGGCUCACUGGGUAAAUCUGGGAAGGAUGGACUCCCUGGAGAGCUUGGAGAACAGGGAGACCCUGGGGAUGGUGGGUAUUUCGGUCCUCCAGGUAUUGUUGGAGCUGUGGGAGUGAAAGGUGAUAGAGGUCUUCCAGGUCCUCCAGGAGAUAUGUUCUGGAAUGAGAUAUAUCUGAAAGGUCAGCCUGGUAUCCCCGGGCCCCGUGGGCUCCCAGGACCUCCUGGACUACAAGGACACAUUGGUUUUCCUGGAAUGCAGGGCGAUCCAGGUGUGCCUUUGCCUGGUUCUCCGGGUUUCCAGGGACCACCUGGAUCAUUUGGACCCAAAGGAGACCAAGGAGAAGAGGGCCCCCCCACUUUUGGGCCCACAGGCAUGACUGGGGAGCCAGGGGUUCGUGGUGCUGAUGGAGAGCCUGGAGAACCAGGAAUACCAGACUUCUUGGAGGGAGGCGUUGGUCUACGAGGAGCUAAAGGUUCAAAAGGCUUGAUUGGACUUCUUGGAGACAAAGGGCAGGAAGGACAGAAGGGUGAGAAGGGGGAACUGUGUUCUACCUGUAGUGUUGUUUCUGCUGAGCCUGGACCCCCAGGUAAAAAAGGAGAGCCAGGUGAAAUCGGGUUGGCAGGUGUGGAUGGUUUUCCUGGUUUCAAAGGUGUCAAAGGGGUGAAAGGUCCUAAAGGACAACCUGGUCCACAAGGUUCACUGGGGUUGCCUGGCCUCACAGGAUCCCCUGGACCUCCUGGUGACCCAGGAAUCAUGACGAGGGUAGGACAGAUGGGUCAGGACGGAUCCCAGGGAGAGCCAGGACCACAAGGACUCCAAGGAAGUGAUGGACCUCCAGGAGAAACAGGACCUAAAGGUCUUCAGGGACAGAAAGGAGACCCUGGGCCACUGGGGCAAAAAGGAGACAGGGGCUCACUUGGACACCCUGGUCCCAGAGGUCCACCAGGGCAAAUGGGGCCUUCAGGACCUCUUGGUAUUGGAAUGCCGGGACCUCCAGGAACUAAAGGCAACAUGGGAGACCUUGGACAGCCAGGAAACCCUGGAAUAGCAGGUGAAAAAGGUCAACCAGGGGAAAACAUUUUUCUUCCAGGAGAUCCAGGCCAGAAAGGAGAGAAAGGUGUAUCUGGAAUCCCCGGACCUGAUGGCGGAACGGGAGUGCUAGGCAAUCCUGGAGCUAUUGGUCCAAAGGGAGUAAAAGGCGAUAAAGGAUUUUCAGUCCAGGGACUCCCAGGCUUUCCAGGGGUCAAAGGAGUGAAGGGUCUUCCAGGAGCCCCGGGUAUAUCCAGCUUUGGCAUCAAGGGACGAGCAGGACCAUCAGGACCUCCAGGGAUGCCAGGCCCAAAGGGGGAAAAGGGUUUUGGCUUUCCAGGCCCGCAGGGCCAAUCAGGACUUCAGGGAGAAGAUGGCUCUGUAGGACCUCAAGGAGACACUGGACCUCAAGGAUUAAAUGGAUUUCCAGGCCCACCAGGGCAAGCUGGUCCACCAGGACCCAAAGGUCAAAGAGGUCUUUGUGGCGUACGUGGUCCUGUUGGUUUUGUUGGAAUCUGUUUUCCUGGAUCUCCUGGACCUGAUGGAGAGCCAGGACCAGUGGGCUUCAUUGGAUUCCCAGGGUCUGCAGGCCUAAAGGGUUUGAAGGGAGAUGCUGGGCUGCCUGGCACAGGAGUAGUGGGGCCUCAGGGGCUACCUGGGUCCAAAGGGGAUGCUGGAAAACCAGGAUCUGUUGGACGUGUUGGAUCAAAAGGCUUCAGAGGGGAUGAUGGGAAGCCAGGAAGCCCUGGGAUCAGAGGGGACAUGGGUCCUCCAGGACCAUUUGGGAUUCCAGGGGACGAUGGGACACCAGGAGAGCCCGGACAACCAGGACCCAGAGGUCAGAUGGGUGCAGAUGGGAUCAGGGGCUCUCAAGGCACUCCGGGGCCUCGGGGGGACCAAGGAGAAACUGGACCACAAGGAAUCCAGACAAUUAUUGAAAUGUUUGGAGAUCCUGGAGACAAUGGAUUACCAGGGCCCGGUGGCGCCACUGGCAGUAAAGGAGAUAAGGGCUGCCCGGGCCCACAGGGUAAAGAUGGAGUCAGUGGCAGACCUGGAAACUGUGGGCUUAAAGGACCUCCUGGCAACCCUGGUAGAGAUGGACAGAAAGGUCCUCCUGGUGGCUGUGGACACCGUGGUGACAAGGGAAAAAUAGGGAUGCCAGGUUUGAAGGGUGCAAAAGGUUGUGCGGGGCCUUGUGGUUGUCCUGGUACACUUGGAAUUCAAGGAUUAAAUGGACCUAAAGGUUGUAAAGGAGAACCAAGUCCACCUGGACCAGGGUCUAAAGGAUUAUCAGGAGAAAAGGGGAAUCCAGGAUGUCAAGGACCUCCAGGUAGUAAGGGACCACCAGGACACAAUGGACCAUUCGGUCCUCCAGGAGGCUGUGGCCCGUGUGGCCCUAAAGGACCCAGUGGACCACCUGGUUCCACAGGUCCCCCCGGAUGUGCUGGUGAAAAGGGCUGUGAUGGUCCUCAAGGACAAAUUGGCUGUCCAGGUCCCCCGGGCCUCAAAGGUAACGCUGGGCCGCCUGGAGUUCCUGGCCCACCUGGUCCCAGAGGAAACCAGGGACAGGAUGGAAUACCUGGACCUCCUGGAGAGAAAGGAGCAAUGGGAGAAUCUGGAGUUGGACCCCAGGGAUCAGAUGGAGAGAAAGGUCCACCUGGAUGUACUGGGGAGAAGGGUCCUCCUGGUUCUUGUGGCCCUCCUGGACCGUGUGGUCCUUCAGGAAACCCAGGCCCCUGCGGUCCUCCUGGACCACCUGGUCCUUCUGGUUGUCCUGGUAUGGGAGGAGUCUGCACUGCAGGAGGCAAGGGUGCAAUAGGACCUCCUGGAUGCCAAGGACCAAAAGGUCUGCCUGGCUGUAAGGGCCCUCCUGGUCCUCCAGGUCCUGGUUUUAAAGGAGACAAGGGAUGUAAAGGACCACCAGGUCUCCAAGGACCACCUGGUGGUCCUGGAGACAGCGGACUGAAAGGCAAGCCGGGUGAAUGUGGACCACCAGGCCUACAAGGGCCCAGAGGCAGGCUGGGAGAAGUAGGUGUCCAAGGAUACCGUGGGAUGGAUGGGAACAAAGGACCACCAGGUCACUGUGGCUCACGAGGACCUCCGGGUUUUCCUGGAGAAAAAGGAAUGAAGGGGCCAAAUGUACCCACACCAGUGCGUGUGAUUUGUGGAGACAAAGGUUCAACUGGAGAGCCGGGUCUCUGUGGAGAAAACGGACCUCCAGGGUGCCCUGGGAAACCUGGAUGUAAAGGUAUGAAGGGUGAAUGUGGGACGGCAGGUAAUCAAGGACUAAUUGGUGGCACUGGACUGAAAGGAGAGAAGGGAGAUCAAGGAGCCCCUGGAAAAAGAGGCGGCCCGGGUCCACGUGGACCAAAGGGGCUUAAAGGUUCUCGGGGUUUACCGGGUUCUAUGUCAGCGAUGCCUGAAAAGAGCAGCUUCCUGUUCACCAGACACAGCCAGGCGACCUUCAUCCCAGAAUGUCCUCCAGGAUCAAACCCCAUAUACAAGGGAUACUCCCUGCUGUUCAUCAACGGCGACAGCCGAGCUCAUGGACAAGACCUGGGUACAUUAGGUAGUUGUCUGCGGCACUUUACCACCAUGCCCUUCCUGAUCUGUGACCCUGGGGCAAAUUGUCUCUAUGCGGCACACAACGACUUGUCCUACUGGUUGUCCACAAAUGCAUCAGUGUCAGAUGUGGUACCCUUCGUCACCGAGAACUUACUGCAGAAUUACAUCAGCCGGUGUUCUGUGUGUGAGGCCAGAACCAACGUGAUCGCCGUCCACAGUCAGACCAGUUUAAUUCCAAACUGUCCCACCAACUGGAAAUCCCUCUGGACGGGUUUCUCCUUUGUGAUGGAAACAGGAGCAGGGGCAGAGGGGUCGGGUCAGCCUCUUGCCUCACCUGGGUCCUGUCUGGAACACUUCAGGAAGCUCCCCUUCAUCGAGUGUCACGAAAGAGGAAGCUGCAACUUCUACACCAACUCCUACAGCUAUUGGCUGGCUGCUCUCAACCCCAGAAACAUGUUCGGCCGACCGCAGCCUUGGAGAAACUCAGGACACCUUCCAGGUAACCGGAUCAGCCGCUGUCGAGUCUGCAUGAAGCAGAAGUAAACGUCAGCUCUGCUGCUGCACCUGCUGCUGUUCACAUUACCACUGAGUCAUACUGCUGAUAACUCUGCUCCUGGUCUCACUCCAGCUCUGCCUGUGCUCAGAGACACAAGCUCCACUAAAGGGCUGAAAACUGCUCAUUUUAUACAGACUGUAGUCUGCUCUUGGUUGUAUAUAUUAUCAAUUUUAUAAAGUGAAAAAAUUAUAAUGGAGAUUU